AGGCAGCGGAGCAUCCUCUCGCCUAGGUUUCUUCCGUCCCGGCCUACAGCUCCGCAGCCUCGCAGCUAUGAGUCCCGAACCGGUCCCGCCGCCGCCCCCGCCCCAGUGCCCCGGCUGCGACUGCGGGGAGCCGUUCGCCAAGCGCUUGGAGAAGGGCGACGAGGCCUUCCGCGCCGGCGAGUAUGAAAUAGCAGCGGAGCUCUUUCGCUCGAUGCUGGCCGGGCUGGCGCAGCCCGACCGCGGCCUAUGCCUGCGGCUGGGGGACGCGCUGGCUCGCGCGCGCCGUUUACCCGAGGCCCUGGGCGCGUUCCGCGGCGCCGCGCGGCUCGGGGCGCUGCGGCCGGAGGAGCUAGGGGAGCUGGUGGGCAGCCUCGCGUGCGCCCUGGGCCGGCGCGAGUGGCGGCUACAGGAUGGGAGGCCGGACCGCGCCCCCGAGGAGCCGCGUGGGGAGCAGCCGGCCUCGGCGCCGGUCGCGCCCCGUGACCUGCUGGGCUGUCCGCGCUGCCAGCGGCUGCUCCACAAGCCGGUGACCCUACCGUGCGGGCUUACGGUGUGCAAGCGCUGCGUGGAGUCGGGGACAGCCCGGCCGCAGGCCCGGCGUGUCAACGUGGUGCUGAACGGCCUACUGGAGAAGUGCUUCCCGGCCGAGUGUCGCGUGCGCAAGCUGGCGGGCCAGGCGCGGACUCUGCAGCGACAGCAGCAGCCCGAGGCCGCGCUGCUCAGGAGCGACCAGGCUCUGGAUCUGGCUCCUAGAGAUAAUUCGUUAUUGCUGCUGCGAGCAGAGUUAUAUUUAACCAUGAAGAACUACGAGCAGGCUCUCCAGGAUGCCAAUGCAGUUUGUCAGAAUGAACCUCUCUUAACUAAGGGACAUCAUAUGAAGGCUCAGGCUCUUUCUGGAUUGGGAAGAAGUAAGGAAGCAUUAAAGGAGUUUCUCUACUGCCUUGCUUUAAAUCCUGAAUGUAACUCAGUGAAGAAAGAAGCACAGAAGGUAAUGUGUGAGGUAUUUUUUCCAGCUUCAGAAAACGCGCAUCAGAAUUUGACAUCUUCCAUCCAAAGCAGAAUAUUGAACAGCAGGCAAAAGGCUCAGUGUGCCAGCCACGUAAACGCCCAGCCUCUGGAAGAAGGCAGCAGUGCUGGGGGUUCUAAGAAUGCAUCUGAGAAAUCUGAUGUGUUUAGAAAUACCUAUUCUUCAGUUUUGUAUUUUAUACUGGGUCUGCACUUUGAAGAGGAUAAAAAAGUAUUAGAGAGCAUCCUUCCAGUAGCACCCAGCACCGGUUUAAAGAGACAAUUUCCAGAUGAUUUGGAGGACAUGCAUGAGCUGAAUGGCCCUGGGAAAGUACCCAAGAAAGAGGCAGAUUCCUCACCUCAAAUGAACAUGACCUCUAACGUAGGAGAAAGUCCAGAGCUCUCCAUAGAUGUAACUGACUUUGAGUGUGCCCUUUGCAUGAGGUUGCUCUUUGAGCCUGUUACUACACCAUGUGGACAUAUGUUUUGCCUGAAAUGCCUUGAGCGCUGCCUUGACCACGCCCCACACUGUCCACUGUGUAAAGAAAAACUCUCAGAAUUGUUGGCAAGCAGAAACUUUAAUAUAACUAUUCUGGCUGAAGAAUUAAUAUUUCAGUACUUAUCUGAUGAACUCUCUGAUAGGAAGAGAAUUUAUGAUGAAGAAAUGACAGAACUAUCAAAUCUGACGAGAGAUGUCCCCAUCUUUGUGUGUGCCAUGGCCUUCCCCACCGUCCCGUGUCCACUUCAUGUCUUUGAGCCCCGCUAUCGGCUUAUGAUAAGAAGAUGCAUGGAAACUGGCACCAAACGGUUUGGCAUGUGUCUGUCUGCUGAGCACGCAGGAAUUUCGGAGUACGGCUGCAUGCUGGAGAUUAAGGAUGUCAGAACAUUUCCUGAUGGGAGUUCGGUUGUGGAUGCCAUUGGGAUUAGUCGGUUCAGAGUUCUAAGCCACCGUCACAGAGAUGGCUAUAACACAGCCGACAUCGAGUAUCUCGAAGACGAAAAGGUGGAAGGUCCAGCCUACGAAGAACUUACCAGCCUUCAUGAUUCAGUUUAUCAACAGUCGGUUUCCUGGUUUACUUCACUUCAGGAUCACAUGAAAGAACAAAUUUUAAGCCAUUUUGGGUUAAUGCCAGACAGGGAAGCUGAGCCUCAGAGUAACCCUAGCGGUCCCGCGUGGUCCUGGUGGAUCCUGGCAGUGUUGCCGCUGGAACGCAAGGCUCAGCUGGCUAUUCUUGGCAUGAUCUCCCUGAAAGAGCGUCUGCUUGCCAUUCGGCGCAUAUUAGUCAUCAUCACGCGUAAGAUGAACAGUCGGCAGGAGCUGGCUAAUAGCAGGGAGAGAAAUAAUUGAUUAUCUCUCUCUGUCAAGGUUUCUGGAAACACUUGUACUUUUGUGAGGAGCCGCUAGGCAUGGAGAGUAGCAUCGCAUUCAUCAUGCUCUGUAAAAUGCUUGUUGAUAGGGUUACAAAAUGGAACACUUAACAAACAUUGACUCCUUCUCAAAUCUUAAAAGUCUGUGCCUCGUGGAACCUGACUCUGUGCAAGGUUAGCCUGAAGUUUGAAUGGAGCCCAUGGUUGGAAAAGAACCUAAGAGAAUCUCUCUGAAGCAUUCGCUCAGGGUAUAGUUCGCCGACAGCAGGGAAUACCACAGAUGGUUCGCGAGUGGUUUAGGUUUUGCAAGAAAAAAGGACCCCCUCCCUGGUACAGUGUCUUGCUGCACCAAAUGGAAACAGCAUGCUUUGGUGGCUAGACAGGAAGGGGGAAACCACAUUUUUAUCUGGAAGCGUAUUUCUCAGAGCACAGGCUAACUGAAAAUCCACUUGGGCUUUGUGUGUCGUUGUGAAGUUGUCUGUGAAGUUGAGGAAUCAAACAGUGGUCCUGUGCAGGAGCCCAAAUUAGUCGUCACCCAAGAAGUAGUGGCUGCCAGAUAGAACUGCGUUUUGUGUCCUGCUGUAGUUCAGAUGCUGUGCGUUGCGUGUUGUAAUCAAAUGAACGUCAGAAUACACAAAGGUGUACCUUGGAUAGAGAAAAAUCUGAGAACCAGUGUAGUUGACCUGAAGAUAUAUAUCCCUACACACUCAAGAAAGAGUGAGCAAAAAUUAGCUAAAACUGUACGUGCAUUGGGGUGUCAAACAUAUAACCAAACUAGCGCAAAAUAUUCCUUGAAAGCAUAACCCUGUCUCAUUAAUUUGGUGGGUACUAAGCAUUUAGGAAAUUGUCCUCUUGCUACUAGGCUUUGCAUUAGAAAUUAGGUCCAUCAGUCAUUUGAGUUCACCAUCCAUCCACUCAUAUAUGAAGAUGUGAAAACCUGCCAUGGAAUGGGCAUCUAUUCCAGGAAAACACACCUGGACAAUAUGCAAGAAGUGGGAGGUAGGAAUAGGAUGUAAAGAUUCAGCAAAUUUUUCCUCCAUCCUCAACCUAAAACUUGUCUUUGUGUCUUUUAAAAAGAAGUUUUAGAAGUGAUCAGACCUGGUGUUAUCUAUUAAAGAACAAUAUAUGACAACUUUAACCUCUGAUGCAAGUUGGUAGUAUUAAUUGGGAUAAACAUUUGAACCUGAAAUACUGAAUAGUUCUCACUGGCCUAACCAGCUUGUGCAUUGAGUUGGCUUCUUGGUGUAUGAUAUGGAUAUUCUUAACGGAAAGAUGAUGAGAACUAGACCAGGGAAUAAAUCACAGCUGUAAGUUUUGCUUUAUUCAUUCAAGGUGUAUGAUAUUUGAGUUUUAACAAAUAUAUUUCACAGUGUGAAAAGUUGGUUGUUUAUCAGUCCAUCAAGCAUUUUAUUAGAAAGACCUUAUGAUUGUGUUUCACUGUAAUCGUAGGAGUUUUCAGUAGCUAAAGGUCAGUUUCAUUAUGGGAGUGAGAAAAUAUUACUCUUAUGUAACUUAACCAUAAAGAGAAAAUGUGAAAGUACUUCCAGUCAGAUGUUUCUAGUGCCUCACUUGCUGUGAAUCUCAAAUCUCAUCUUGAAUAUGUUUUAAAGGCAAUUUGGUCAAGUGAUUUCUAGAAUAUUUUAUUGAUUUAUGUGUUCAUGAUAGUAUCCAGCCUUCUUAGGCAUUGUAUCUUAGCCUGAUCAUCUAAAAGAAAGCAAAACUGUGUCUAGUAUUCCAGAGGACCUUUCUUGGGAAUGGUUC